CAAGCAAUCUUGUUUGCAAGAGAAUCAACAAUCUUUGCUUACGGUUCACGCUUUAAAAACACACCUCUCACUACUUAUUCUCUACACAUAAUUUUUUUUUUCCAAUAUCCCUCAUUUUCUCUCUAAACGCUAUUUUCCCUUGAACCAACCAUUCUGCAACCCGAUGGCAACGAGAAGGAUAUUGAAAGAACUUAAGGAGUUGCAAAGAGACCCUCCUGUAUCAUGCAGUGCAGGUCCAACGGGAGAAGAUAUGUUCCACUGGCAAGCUACCAUAAUGGGUCCGAACGAAAGUCCGUACUCCGGCGGUGUUUUCCUUGUCAAUAUCCACUUCCCUCCGGAUUAUCCUUUCAAACCUCCCAAGGUUGUCUUCAGAACCAAAGUGUUUCACCCAAACAUCAACAGUAAUGGAAACAUAUGUUUGGACAUUCUCAAAGACCAAUGGAGCCCUGCCCUUACCAUCUCUAAGGUGCUUCUCUCGGUAUGCUCUCUUCUUACAGACCCAAACCCUGACGAUCCUCUGGUACCAGAGAUAGCUCACAUAUACAAAACUGACAAGACCAGAUAUGAAGCCAUGGCACGAAGCUGGACCCAAAAUUGGGAAAAAUAUGAUUUUGACCCAUGCAGUGUAUCCUUGCAAACGGAGUGGCAUGCCAGUGCUUCGCAACGGACUGUGCUGAAUUAGUAGUGAUGUUUCAAGCGCCUGAAGAUUGGCCUGCGUUCUCAAACAUCUUAGACGGUUUCCACAUGCUGAGAGCAGCUUUUCCAUCCUUCUCCUUGUCUAGGAUUCCACGUUCUUCGAAUCUAAAGGCGGAUUUUCUUGCAUGUUCGUCAAGAUCUCUUGUUUCUGCAAUUUCCUUUGUAAGCACUUAUCCACCGGUUUGGGCUACCAACCGUGGAGUUAUUUUCUAAUUUAAUGUUUGGUUGAAAAAAAAU